UUUUUUUCUCUUCCUUGGCUUAAGCUAACUAACUUGCUUCCCUCUUCCUCCGUUUUUCUUCUCUAUUUUUCUUGUUGUAGUGGUCGUGACUUGCUCCGACGACGAUCUCCUUUUCUACAUUUUCUACUCUCAUUCUAAACCAUCGUGACAUCAGUCAACUGUUGUACUUUCUUUAAGGGACCAAAUAGGCCGCCCACCCACAUCUUCGACCCCGGACGCCGAAUCCCCGCGUUUUUCCCAAUGAAUGUGAUCCCUCCGCCUUUCUCUCAGCGACGGGCCGAUUAAACAACGCUUGUCCAAUUGCUUCACUCCAGAUUCUCUCCGCAAAUACUGCCGCGUCCAGGUUUCGCUCUCCACACAAGCCCUGUGAAGAUUGGUUUCGCUGGAUUUGGAUAUAGUUCAAGAAGGGAACGUGUGACAUAUUGAAGCGGCGCAUUCGACUGCGUCUAGACUUUGGGAUUUCGAUUUCUUCAGUUUUGGUGACCGAGAGGAUAGGAAAUUCAACAUGUCGCAGGCCGUGAAAAGGGCUUGCGAUGCUUGCCAUCGUCGAAAAGUGAAGUGCGAUGGUAUUAACCCAUGCCGCAACUGUGCUUCGGCGCAGUUAACUUGCACAUAUAAUGCGAUUCCACAGAAGAAGGGUCCUAAGGGUUCGAGAGCGAAGGUUAUUAGCGAGUUGCGCGAAACACAGCGACAGACCAGUCUUUCCGCGAAGGUGCAAAGUCGAUUGAAUGGAAUCAGCAGCCCGCCAUGCAGUCCUACACUCUCGCCGACUCCUGGCCUGUUGGCUAGUGAGAUGGCUAAGGAAUGCAUCGAGUUUUUCUUCGCCAACAUGUACCCGAUCAUGCCUAUCCUACAGCAACAGCGACUCGAACAGCAAUCGAUGUAUCUAGACCAGAGCCUCGACACAUACUGCUUGAUCACUUCGCUGUGCGCGUGGAUGAUGUUCCAACCUGGAAUGAACGUACCCGGUGCCGACCCUCUCUUGGAUCGCUUACCUGGUGCUAGCAUCACCUCCGGAAUGGUUUUGAUCGAAGAGACAGUUCGAGUUCGAAAGGGAUACGAGUUCCAAGAGUCGCCUACUCUGAACAGUUUAUGCACUAGCUAUUUCCUAUUCUGCUCUCACUAUGCUCUCGACAUGCACGACAAGGCAUGGUUUUACCUACGUGAGGCUACGACUCUAGCCCAUAUUAUUGGGAUGAACAAGGAAGAGACGUACUUGCAAUACGACAAUGUCGAGGCUUCGCGACGACGACGCCUUUACUGGCUUCUCUACGUUACUGAAAGGGCUUAUGCUCUUCAGCGUGGUCGACCUCUAACUCUUCAGGCUUCGAUCAACCUUCCGACGAUGACUGAUGACCCGACGGAUCCCCUAGCUCACCAGUUGAAUGGGUUCAUUCUGCUGGUCAGCUUGUUCAGGCCAUUCGACGACAUUUUCAUUACCUUGUGGAACAAAACUCGCAGCGAGUCUUCGCCCUCCUAUCUCAGUGCCCUUCAGAAGCAGCUUACGGAGAUGAUCCCGCCAUACAUGAAUGUUCAGGACACAGACCUGCGAGCGAAUCAGCAAUGGCUUAAGACCAUUACCUGGCAUAUCAGCAUGCAAAAUGGUUGUGUCCCUCAAGGCAACCAGGACCAGAUGCAAUUGCAAUAUCCCAUCGAUAUGUCCCGGGAUUUGAUGUCGAUGACAUCUCAAUUCUCAACCCAGAGCACUGAAUUACUCGGUGUACCUCUAGUUGCCAAGUUAUUGGAUAUCUCGACUGCGCUCAUUGAUGUUUUGUCGAUUAUGCCAUCUUCUGGCGAUCCAUUCAGUAUGGGUCCCCGAGAACAGCUCAACUCACUUCUGCAGCUUCUGUCCGUCCUUCGCAACGGCGAUCACCAUUUCCUCCCGCUUCUACUGAACAAGGUUCAUGACGUCUUACCUCGUCUCGCCAACCCCAUUCUUCAGCGGGCCCCAGAAAAUGCAUGCAUGCAGAACAUCGACAUUUUUGAUGGAUUCGGCAAUGCUGGUAUGGCUCAGCCCCCGAUGAUGGAUUUCAAGACCGAACCGUAUACCCCUGGUAGCAUGCAACACAUUCAGGAUAUCGGAACGGAUUCGAGCCACUCGAACAACGGCGACGAUAUGAAAUCACCAUUCCCUAUGGUCAGCUCUCCACCGAUCAUGUCUCCUGGUGUAGAGUACCAUGAGAGCAGUUUCAACUCAAUUCCCGAUAUCAUAAGCCCAAUUGGACAACAACCACAACAUUCACUGGGCCAACAAGGAUCAUUGAAUCCACCACAGACCCAUCAUCAACAUCCACACCACAGCCUUCCGUCGCAUGGUAUGGGCCAGAACCACAACAUAGGCAAUUCAAUGCAAACCGAUAUGCAUACGAAUCUUGGUCAUAGCUUAAACCAAGCGACCGGUUUGACAGGCAUGAGCCAACAACAGAGCUUACCUCAGAAUUCACAGUUCGGCAUGAUGAACAACAUAUUACAUCGGCAACCUCCACAAAGAGCAAAUAGUUUUAUCAUGCAUCCACAACAUCAGCACCAACCAUCUCAAAUACCAAGGACCGUCGGCGACUUCCAUGCAUUACAACGAGCGAAUUCAGAAAACGUUUCGAUGAAUACUCUCGGCCUUAGUCACAUGAACGCCGAGGUAGACUUUAGCGCGCUCAGGUAGUAACGCUUGCAAGAUCACUCAUGAUCCCGACCUUCCCUUCGAGACACAACAUUUAUCAUCCUCUAUUAUCAUCAUCAUUAUAUACCAUUGACCUUUACUCGCGCGGAGACAUAGCAUCCGUAUAGUCCCAUUCAGCAUAUUAGCCGGCGCGACUUGCGAGCGAAGAUUUUACACAUUAUAGCAAGACAAGACUUGGGCAUAUACCAUCGUCCAUUUUGAAUACCUAAGGUGUCCACCUAUACCUGGAAAAUGGGAGGGGCCUCGAUUUGAAGAUAGAGCUCCAAGCCAAGGAUAUCAAUUGGGGCGUUCAAAUCCAUUUUGUUCUAUUCUUGUUUCCAUUUCCACAGGGGAGUUUUUUUUGUGUUGUGUUGGCGUCCCGGGAUAAACCGGUGUUUGUGGAACAAAGAAAUGCGCGGUGUGUACAAGUAUAUUCACGCCGGUAUUCUUUUAUUAUUGUUAGCCUAUGGGAUGAGUAGGCUUGGCUACUCCUAUUGAGAGGAGGAUGAACGCAAGUGAUCAUGAUAAGAGGCGAGAUGAAUUAGAUAUAGGAUCCCGUAUUAUUACCCAGUUCCAAUGUAAGCGUGGAAUGUGCAGAGUUAGUGGUGGAUAGGGGCUAUGCAGGGUGUACAGGUAUCACCAUGUUAGGUAGAAUUAUAUUAAGAAUAAAGUAAAAUUAUACAAA